AAAAUUGAUUUCUAGAGCUCAUUAAGCUAGUGACAGUGAAAGGAAUCAGAACAUACCAUGUGGAAAUACUUGGCCAUUAGUCUUGUAAUCACCCUACUUGGGCUAACCGCUAGCGAAGGGCGUGUAACCGAAGAAGUGAAACAACAGUGCCGUGAAGAAACAGACUUAACAGAGGAAGAUUCGCGGUCGCUGAAAGCGAACGAAGCGCUGUCCCAAACGAAGAAGUGUUACAUAAAGUGUCUGUUCGAAAAAGGGGGCUACAUUGGAGCCGAUGGGAAAAUUCUUGUCGAAGCUAUGAAAAAGGAUAUAAUUGUUGACGGAAAUAACGUGAGAUUAGAAAAGGUUUAUGGGUGUGUUGGUAAUAUCGAGAGUGUCAAAGACUGCGAUAAAGUCACGGAAUUAAUUGAUUGCUUUACUCUAAAGUCCUGAUUUGUUAAGACAAAAUUUGUGAUUAUGCGUAUGGAUGGAUAAAUCUAGUUAAAGUGAUACCAAAUCCGUUUUGUAUAGAGGAUUGUAUAUUGUAUACUAUGUAAAACUCUGUUCUUACCUAUAUAAAUAUAUU